UCAGCAGCGUCCCCUCGAGGAACUGCUGAGCCGUGCGGCCGUUUCCCUUCUCCGCCCCCGAGUUCCUCCUACUUCUUCGUAGUCCCGCCCACCAAGGAACCCACUACGGCACCCGCGCCUUCUUCCUUGCCCCGCCCCCAUCUAAACCGGAUGUUAACCGACGUCCCAUAGUGCCUUGCGAGUGGCGGGCCUGAUAGCAAGUUUCGGGGUUAGCUCGCGGGUUUAAGUCGUCCUUGUUGGAGUUGUUUUAUUGUGCCCGGGCGCUGUACGAGACUGGGGCCUGGUCAGUGCUUCGUCUGCGGAUGCAAUGGCGCUUCUCCGGGGCGUGUGGGGCGUGCUGAGUGCUCUGGGAAAGUCAGGAGCGGACCUCUGCGCGGGAUGUGGCAGUCGACUGCGCUCUCCUCUCAGUUUUGCGAAUGUACGAAGAUGGUUUUCAUCUAACUUCAUUGGUUAUCCAAAGAAACCUAUGACUUCAUACGUUCGAUUUUCUAAGGAACAGCUACCCAUAUUUAAAGCUCAGAACCCAGAUGCGAAAAAUUCAGAACUAAUUAAAAAAAUCGCUGAGCUAUGGAGGGAACUUCCUGAUGCAGAGAAAAAGAUGUACGAAGAUGCUUACAGGACAGACUGGCAGGCAUACAAAGAAGAGAUAAACAGAAUUAAAGAACAACUAACUCCAAGUCAGCUGGUAUCUUUGGAAAAAGAAAUCAUGCAGAAACGUUUAAAAAAGAAAGCGUUAAUAAAAAAGAGAGAGUUAACGAUGCUUGGAAAACCAAAAAGACCUCGCUCAGCUUAUAACAUUUUUAUAGCUGAACGUUUUCAGGAAGCUAAGGAUGGUACAUCACAGGUAAAGCUGAAAACUAUAAAUGAAAGCUGGAAAAAUCUCUCUAGUUCUCAAAAGCAAGUAUAUAUUCAACUUGCUAAAGAUGAUAAAGUUCGUUAUUACAACGAAAUGAAAUCUUGGGAAGAACAAAUGGUUGAAGUUGGACGAGAUGAUCUUGUACGACGGUCAGUGAAAUACACAGCAAAAUAGUGACCCUGAGAAGUAUUAAAAUAGAAGAUUGAAUUAUGUUCAUAAUGGAUAGACACAAGAAACCAAUUAGGUCUCAAUACCCAAAGCUGUUGUAAAAUUAAAAUGGAUAAAAGUUGGUAAACAUUUAUAUUUAAUUUCUUUUCUUUAGCCCGUUGACUUCUGCCAGCCAAUUCAAUACAUUUUGUAUUGGUGUCUUGCUUUGGAAAACCCAAACAGAUAAGAGUUCAUGCAGAAUGUAUUUUGUGUUUAGGAACCACUGAGCAUCAAAAUAAUCCAUGAAAUGUAACCGUGAAUCAUUUUACCUUUGAUAAAGGUAAAUCAGACUGUGAAGUUUUUUUAUACUCUAUGACUAUGGAAAGAAUAUUCUUGUUUCCUUAUAUUAUGGAGGCAGGAGUUUCCUUUUCAAAAGUGUCUCAACGUUUAUAGAACCCAUAAUGUUCUGUGAUAUAAUUGUUCGUUUUUAAUAGAGCAUCCAGAACUCAUGUUGGCAAAUUCCAAAUCCUAGGUAUAAUUCAUAUUGUAGUCAGAGUUGACGGUUGUACAUGCAAGAGAUUUCUGGUGUCAGUUGCAACUUUUAUAAAAGGGAUAGAGAAAUUUAUAAACCUUUUCCUCAUUAUCUUUUUUCCUAAAUUAAAAACUAAAAAAUUAUGUACCAUAUCUAUGCAUAUUGUUUUAUAUUGCAUAGAGUAAAAAUUUAAGUGUUUCCUAAUUAUAUGUUUUAAGGUGAGACAUUCAUUUUACAGCUUUCUCGGGUUUUUUUUUUUUUUUCUUUGUUUUUUUAAAGUAGGAAUUUGUAUUCUGAAUUAUUUUUUCUCUUAUAUGAUUAUAUUUAUCCAGAAAGUAGAGAACUUAUUUGGUAUAAGUUUUAAAAUGAGAGAUCUAAAAAACAUAAGUCUCCUGUCUCUAGAUUUGGAGCCUGUAAUUUUUAAACAUUUUGCAUAACAUACAAAAACCUAUGUACGGGACCCAGCUCUGGCCUGUUGGUGAAAUCCAGCCCACUGCCUGCUUUUCAUGGCCUUGUGAGGUAAGAAUUGUGUUUACAAUUUUAAAUGGUUAAAAAAAAAAGAAUAUUUCAAGGCACAUGAAAAUUAAUAUGAAAUUCAGUGUCCAUAAAUAAUGUUUUAUUGGAACACAGCCAUACUCAUUGUUUAUGGCUGCUUUUGUGCAACAGUGACAGAGUUGACUAGUUGUUACAGAGAUGGAUAGCCUGCAAAGACUGACCCGUACAGUGUGGAAUGAGAUGCUCUUAAAUUAUUUGCUAUGGCUCAGUAAAAUAAUCCUUAGGAAUUUGCCAGUUAGCAUAUAAACCUUACUAUCCUUUAGCAUUUGUUUAUCCUCUUAGGAGAGUCAAGCAAAGGUUUUCAAAAUCCUUACCAGCCUUUUGAGCAAAAUAUUCUACUGUCAUCAUCAGUUCACAAGAAUAAGAUAACUCAAAAUUUAUAUUAUACAAAAUAUUAUGCCAAAAAAUUGUGUAUUCUAGAUCUCCAGAAACAAAUGAAGAUUUUUGUAGUUUGUGGAUAGAAAAUAAGUUAAAAGUCAUGAAAAAAUGACUUUUUACAUACCGAAUUUGGCAAAGGUAGGGACUGUAGAGAAAAAUAUAGCUUAAGAGAAGCCUAAGAGUUAAAUAUAUGAAGCUGAGUGUAUUCAGACAACUUUCCCCUGUGGAUAGGAAUACAGGACAAAGUCUGCCAUUAGGUAGAUAGGCACCUUGGGUCUGAGGCUAGAGUAUUUUGGGGAGUAAGGGUUAGGGAAAAAAAGGACGUGUGCUAGUGUCUAUCACAAGCUUUUCUCAAUUAGGUUUCCAGGAGAGAAGUAAGCCCUAAUUCCCUAUAGCAUCUAGAAUGGUACUGAUUUUGUAUCAUCCUCAAGAGAAUGGAGAAAAUAAUCACUCAAAUAAUUUACUGUGUUCUGUGCGUCAGAUGAGCCUAGGGAGCAGAUAGGAGUCAGUGUUUGUAAUGAAUAUUAUAGAAUGGGUGAGGUAGAGAAAUUAGUUAUGUAAACACCUGCAGGACAAAUGUAGUGUAAAACACAUCUUUGCAAUUACUUUCUGAGCUCUUUUAGCAUUUACCUGUAUCAUUUUAUAGCAAACACAUUCAAAUCUUAUCUUCCCGAAUAUACUGGGAAGUUCAGUGUCUGGUAAGUUCUUAAAUAUAUACAUCUUAAUAUAGGGAAGAAAAGUAUGAAAUAGUGAAAGGAGCUAGAGCAAAACCAUUUUAUGAUAUCAUUUUAUUUGUUUUUGUUUCUAAAAGAAUGUCAUCAUUAAUACUUUAAAUAUUAGGAUAAUCUGAUUUCACACCUUUCUUAAUAAACUUCAGUACCUGUUGAAGACUGGCAUGCCAUAUAUCAAAUGCCAUCCAGUUUAACAAUAUACACAAAUAUUCUAUUGUUAUAAAGAAUAAGAGCUUAUAUCAAUAACCAGUGGCCAGUCAUAUAACACCUUACUUUUUAGACUUUUCUUAAAUUGACCCAACAAAGUAAUUGCUGUAAGAGCUAAAGAAUAGUGCCAGGGAAAAGAUGCUGAGGAAAUGAAAGCAGUGUUUAUGCUUUUCUGAGCAGUUGGUCAUAAAGAGAUGUUUAUACUUUUGUUCAUUAGAGUACCAGUAUUAAAUUUUUUGAAAUAAAUUGAUGAUGGGUACGUGUGUAAUUAUUUUACUUUCUGAUGUUUAAGGGAUAUUAUGUGCAGAUUCAGCCUACUGUAAUCAUGUAAUUUUGCUGUUGCUUUUGGCUAACUCCUUUUUUGGAAAUCCCACUUUCUUUUUUUAAAUAGUUGGCUAUGAAUGUAUAUAUUUAAAUUUCUGAAUUAAAAUGAUAUUACUACAAGUA